GUAAAUUAUAUUGUGUUUGGUUAUAGUAAAUUUACCUGAAAACAGUCUCACAAAUUUUUAAAUAAUUAAUAAUGCAAAAUGUUAAUAUCACUGUAAUUUUUAAUCAGAAGAUAUAGUUUUCAGUCAUAUUAAAAAGAAUGGUUGUACAUACAUUUGAUGACUUGUCACAAAAUUGCUAAUCAAAAGAUUAAAUUUGGAAAAUGGAAUUGAAAUAGACAAAAUAGAUAUGUUUUAAGCAGUUGGCGUGGGUUAUUAUUUAUAACCUACACUUAAGACUUGGUUCUGUAUCUAACAGUAGUUUUUAAGUUUAUCUUCUUUUUGAUACCACUGACGAAAAUUGUGAAAGUAAUGUCAUUGUUCCUUCAUGCAGAAGUUACUUAUAUGUAGUAACUUGUAAAAUUAUUAGUUAGUUUGAUUGCUAUAAAAUGACUUCAAUUAGAGAUGCUUUAGAAAAAUUGAAUCCAGAUCAAGUGACAAAAAUUUGUAAUGGUCUUCAAGAUGAUUUGAAUUUAGAGCUGAAUAAAUCAAAACAAACUCUUGAUGAAAUUGAUAAAAAUAUUUAUUCUUGUAUUAGUCAACUAAAGAAACUUCGUAGAUGUAUUGUAAUUUCACACUUUGCUAACAUGAAAAAUAAUGAAAAUGGCCAAAAAAAUCGACAGAGAGAUGCUAUUUUAAAAAACUUGGAGUGUGAAGAUGAAGCAAAAGACUUAAGUUUAUUUAUGAAGAAUCUUAAUAAUAUGCCAUCAACUUCAAAAAUUAUUUCAGAACCUGCUAGUAAUAUUGAAUUUAUUAGUAAAUCAAUUAAUAAUCCAGUUCCAUCAAUUAAUUUUUCCCCGCCAAAUGGGCUUAUUGAUUUGGCUUUUGUCAUUGGAAACACUGUAAAGGUUAGUGAUUCCGAGAAUGCAAUGAAGUACAAAUGGACAGUGUAUGUUCGAAAUAUUGAAGAGAGUUCAGAUAAUUUGAUUUAUAUUGAAAAAGUGAGAUAUUUCUUACAUGAAUCAUAUGAACCAAACCAUAUUGUUGAUGUUAUUCAAAAACCAUUCUCUUUAACUAGGCAUGGAUGGGGUGAAUUUGUUAUUCGCUUACGUUUGUACUUUAAGGGUAACAUGAAUGUUCAAACAGAUGUGUAUCAUAAACUAAGUCUAGAUAAAGGUUUAGUAAGUAGUAUUCCUAUGGUUGCUAAAGAACAAACUGUCAAGUACAAAUUACUACUACAUAAAUAGAUUUGUAGUUUAUAUCUUAUUUCAAGGAAUCAUCAAUACAUUAUUGUCUUACUAAAGGUAUGAAGUAUAACUUUAAUAUUAAUAUUAUUUAAUAUUUUUAGAUAAUUUUUUUUUUUAAUUUUUGUACUUAAUUUUUUUUUAUUUGACUUUGUACCUUAUGUUGUAUUCUGUUUUAUUUAUACAUAUGCAAAUUGAAAAUAUAUCGAAUAAUAUUUAAAUUUGUAUGUAUACAUUAUUUCAUAAACAAUAUU